AGCAAUACUACUCAAACUAAUCUGGACAAGCUCCAAGCAGUACAGAAUUUCGCUUGUCGUAUUUUGAGCGGCGCUAAAAAAUUCGAUCACAUAACUCCUUUGCUAAAAGACUUGCGCUGGCUACCAAUCAGGCAACAACUUUAUUUUCGUUUUGCUGUUCUGGUUUUUAAGUGCAUGACGAGUUGUGCUCCGGAGUAUUUGACAUCAAAGCUCGUUGGAAGAUCCGCCGUCUCGACAAGGAAUACGAGAAAUUCUCAACUUUUGAACAUACCACUCUUCCGCACUGCCAGCGGCCAAAGGACCUUUCAAUAUAGAGCAACCUCUCUCUGGAAUGAGUUGCAGCCUGCGCUCAAACUUAGCCCAUCCGUGACGGAAUUCAAGUGUUUACUCAGGCAAAAGCUUCUUAAUGACUGCUUUAUUUAA